AUGUGCGGGUCGUUUGGCCUCUUACUAUUAGUGAUAAGUCAGUCUAACAAGAGCAAAUAUUACUUUGCAACAGAAACUAAAGGUCUCCCAGAAUGUGGAGUCAGGAAGUAAGUCGACUGUGCCGGAUCCAGCCACAUAGCUAUCUCAUCCCAUCUGUUCCAGUCGACAAUACAUCAUGUUCCAGUGUAGCCGAUUUACUUGAUACUACA